GUCCACUUGGAGAGCCUGGGAUUAGGCAUCCUCAUUUCAUUCAUUCAUUCACUGAGAGUCACCAACAUGCAGCCUGUGCAGGAUCUGAAAAAGGACUCUUGCUGGAUGACCCAAUAGUGGGCUCUACUGGGUGUCUCCAAGCAACGAGGCCUCUCUCUGGAUCCUUGACCUCCCCCCAGGGUUCCACCCACUGCCCCUACCAGGCGAGCAAGCCCUGGUGGCAGCUGCCACAGCCCAUCACAACACUUCCCCGCAGCAUGCUGGGGGCUAACUCUGGUGUCAUCCUCCUAUAGAAAACCAUGAGUCCAACUAUCUAGGCAGCCAUACCUGCAGCCAGCCACCUAGGUGCCAUCUGACCCUUCUAGACACCCACAGGUCCCAGAACCCAAGAUGCAUCUGCUCUGGAGGCUCCUGAUCUUCCUCCACUUGCUGUCCUUGAGCUGGGCACUGCACAGGCAACCCGGGCCUGGCCUGGCCAAGGCCCACGUGGACAGCAAAUCAGCUCUGGCAAGAAUUAUUGCCCAGGGCCUCAUGAAGCACAACAUAGAGGACAGAAUCCAGAAUAUCCACGUCCUGGACAGUCUGAAUGCCUUGGGGCAGGCGACUCAGGGGAUGGUGGGCUGGCUAAUCGGGAGCACAGGCCUCCAGCAGCAGCAAGAAAGCAGGCCCUUCGAUAACAAAAUUGUGAAGACGCAUGCAUGCAUGAUCCUCAUUGUGGAGUUCUGGCUGGAGAAAGAUGAGUUUGGCCGGAGGGAGCUGGUGAUAGGCAAUUGCCUCGUGGAGCCCAGCAGCUUCCACACAACAGUCUUAACCGAAAACAUCCCACAAAAGAUGAAACCUUUUCUCCAUAACCUCAGAGAGAACCUGAGAAAAGUCCUCCCAUACCUGAUAGAAAGUCAGGUAUGUCCUCUGGUCGGUGAAAUCCUCAGACAGUUGGAUGUAAAACUGUUGAAAAGCCUCAUAGAACAGGCUGCUGCUCAACAACUCGACCAACUGUGA